AUGAUGCGUCGCCUAGGGACAGAAGACAAACUGAUUACCUUCACUUUGCUGAUUGCCUGCAGUCAGUCAUCUUUAGGUCUUCGAUCACCCCCAAGCAUGGACCCCCUAGUAGUCAUCCAGAAUCCAAACUGUCGGUGCCACCUAUUCUCGAGUGUAAAGCGACUUCAUGGUGUCUUUAAAUCUCCCAAUUUCCCCUCCCCUUAUCCUCCUCAAACAGAUUGCAUUAUCUACCUAUUUCAAGGACUUCCAUUCCAAAUUGUACAGCUCACCUUCCUAACUCUUGACCUAAGUCCACCUCGAAUAGACAUAUGUUUUGACUAUGUCGCAGUGCUGCACAACGAUCGGACCCGAUUAGUGGAUAGAGAAGUUGCCGAUUCAGACCCACCACCAGUUCUUUGCGGAACACUGACAAUGCAAAAGAAGAGGACCUUCUUUUCGGAAAGUAACUCGUUAGCUCUUGUUUUCCACUCCACCACUCGUGCUCCCUUUGAGCAGUCGACACACAUGUCGGGAUUUCAGGGAAAUUUUCUAUUUUUAAAUUCAAGCAACUUUCGGGUGGAUGGAGAUCGGCUGCCCGAUUCGGAGUGUUCUUACCUCAUUCAGAAUACACCGGCGCGACGCCUGAUCGCGGGUGGUCGAAUUGUGUCCCCACGGUACCCCAAUAACUACCCACCCAACAUCCGCUGCUCCUACACCUUCAUGGGGAGAGGCGAUGAACGCGUUGUCAUGUCUGUUCAAUCUUUACUGCUGAGCCAUCGAGAUUUAUCAAAUCCCUCUAAUUCAACUACACAAAGCUGCAUCUAUGAGACAUCCCUGUUAUCCAGUUUCGAUAGAGUUCUGGUCCACAGUUUACCGUCUGAUCGAUGGAGGGAGGCAAACCUCUUAAUAAGGAUCUGUGGGACACUCAAUUCUUUCCAAAUCAUCUCUGAGGGUCCAAACCUCCAGCUUACCUUCAUUUCUCUUCCAUUUCGCCCUAAAGAUGGUGGAUUCUUGAUCGAAUACGUGUUUGUGAAGAGGUCUAAAGUAUCACCACGGGUUUGGAAAGCUACCACUGCAGUCCCUUUUGAAAAAAGAGCAAUGCAAGAGACUGUACGAGAGUUUUUCGACUAUUUAAAAAAAUUGCAGAAAGUCAGUCUGCCUAAGGAUGCGGCUGACGAAGUGGUCUUACGAACUCCGAGUAACACCAACAUUCUAAACAGCGAUUCUGCAAGUCUACAGCAGGGUUGCAAUGCUCCAGAAGUCUUGGAGAUGAUAAUUGAUUCCCAUCGGACUGAAGAGGGCGUUCUCACCUCGCCUCGGUUUCCCGAACUCUAUCCCAAAUGUGUCAAUGGAACAUACUACUUCCGGGGUAGAUCAGGACAAAGAGUAUUCCUAAAAUUCGUUCUUCUUGAACUUGGAGAUUAUGAACGAUGCGAUGAGACCACAGGGCAAAGUGGAGAUAGACUGUACUUCUACGAUGGACCAUCUAUCGAACUGCCAGUUCAGUUGAGCGUCUGCGGAAGUAGACAAUCUGUCUUUCGCCCUGAGACUGAACAGCAACAAGCGUCGACCCGGAGCCUCGCAAUCGCUUCUUCAGGCAGCCACUUCACUAUGCUCUUCAUCUCUGAUGAAUUUGUGGGGAAAUUUGAGUUUGGUUUUCGACUAGAGUACCGAUUUCAGCAUCUCAUAACAUGGGAAAUGGCUGCAAAUCAAAAGCUGAUGGCGAAUAACUCCCUCAAGUCAAAGAAGGAACGAGUAGUGUACUUCAAUUACCAUCUACAAACCCUUUCAACUAGUCCGACGUCUAAGAUUUCUACUGCAGCACUCAAUUUGUACAUAAUUUUUGAGGAGCUGCCAGAAUUCGACAAGUCGAUAAAUUUCUUAAAGGUUAGUGGUGUCAUAGGAAAUCGCAACAGUGUAGGAGGGAUUUGGAUUGGCAGACUGAUACCGACGGGACGCCGAGAUACCAAGGUGGUGACCUGA